CGCAACUUUCACACCUCGAGACGGAGGAGUAGUUCGCAAAAGAGAUACUACACGCACGAUGAUCACCCAAUCGACGCGGCGGCCCCUGAGCAGCUGGAAAGCCGUGCUCAGGCGCGCCCGCCAGCAGCAGCAGCAACGAACCCCGGCGGUAUUCCGAUCGAUGGCCACCGAAACCACUCCCACCUCCUCAGAAGCAGCUCCGCCUCCAGCUCCUCCCGCCUCUACCCCUACCUCUAAACCCUCCGCGGGCGCGGUCUCGCUAAAGCAUAUCACCUUCCACACCAUAAAAUCGCCCACAACUCCAAAGAAACCCAUCCGCACCGCCUUCGCAGUAUACCCGCGCGUCCCCUCAGCCCGCAAAACGAACCCCGCCGCGCUGGAAGCCUACCACGCGCAGCAAAUCCGACGUCUCGACCGCACCGGCGCCCGAACCUCGCUCUUCUCCAAAAAGAACCCAGACUGCGCGAAACCAGGCGACGUCUUGCAAGUCACCACCCGCAAGGGGGGCGGGGAGCCGUUCGCGGGCGUAUGCCUGUCGAUCCGGCGCGCGGGCGUGGAUACUGCUAUCUUAUUGCGUAAUCAUGUGGCCAAGGUGCCCGUGGAGAUGUGGUACAAGAUCUACUCGCCCAACGUGCUGGGCAUCGAGAUCGUCUGGCGCCGCCCCAAGCGCGCCCGCCGCGCCCGCCUCACUUACAUGCGCCAGCCCCGCCACGACAUGGGCAACGUCGACCACCUCGUCGAGGCCUGGCGGCGCGCCAGGAACGUCUACUCGUCGUCCAAGGGCGGCGUGGGCAGGGGGGGCAAGGGGCAGAAGGGCGGGAAGCGGUAGGAUGGGCUUGGUUGGUUAUGAGAGAGGGGUGAUGACUUGGGGUGGUGGGGAGAUAUACGAAAAAGACAUGAAAGGAGAGAGGAGGGCAAGUAGAUUCGUUCCCUCUUGAUCUUGGUGGUGAAAUCGGUAUGUUGCGUGUAUAAACGCGUACUGGUUCUGUAGACAUGUACCAUAGGAAUACAAUCCACCAAAUGCCAAAAUAUUGAUAUACCAAAAAGGGGUAUAAAUCAC